UUUCUGCUUAAUUUGAUUUCUGGGUUUUGAUAAGGAACAGAAAUGGAGCUAAUCCUGGACUGGAAGUCGUUAGGUUCUCUGCUAGCAACUUUCGUUUUCAUCCGAACUGCAAUUCGUGAUUUCCUUCCUCCUGAAGUAUACCAAGCUUUGAAACGCCUCUUUUCCAAGGUCUUCUCGUCACUGCAACCCAAAUGCUCUAUAAUCAUCGAGGAAUACGACAAUUCCUACACCAACGAGCUUUACGAUUCUGUACAGCUCUACCUGAGUUCCAACUGUUUCUCUGCUGCUCAAGUUCUCAAGCUCUCCAAGCUCAAGAACUCCAAGAACCUGACUUUUACCAUGGAUGCGAAUCAGAAGCUUGAAGAGAUCUUUGAAGGGUUUAAAGUCAAGUGGUCCUUCCACAGCGUCGAGAAGAAAAGCAACAGUCUUGGUUACUCACGACCUCAGGAGAAUCGCUACUUCGAGCUCUCUUUCCAUCGCAGAGACAAAAACAAGGUACAAUCUUCUUACAUUCCUCAUGUAAUGGAGGUUGCAGAGCAUAUCAGGUUCAAGAAUAGAGAGCGGAAGCUUUACACAAACAGGUCAGCUGACGAAGAUGGGAGGCUCUGGUCUUCUGUGCCUUUUGCCCAUCCCUCAACAUUCGAUACUGUAGCCAUUGACCCAGUUCUGAAACAAGAGAUUAAAGACGAUCUGAUCAAGUUUGUGAACAGAAGGGAUUACUACAGCAGAGUAGGCAGAGCUUGGAAGAGAGGGUACCUUUUGUACGGUCCACCUGGGACUGGUAAGACAAGCUUGAUCGCUGCAAUUGCUAAUUUCCUGGAAUUCGACAUCUAUGACCUCGAAUUGACGGCAGUAACAAGCAAUUCGCAGCUUAGAAAGCUCUUGAUUUCAACUUCAAGCAAGUCUGUAAUCGUUGUAGAAGAUGUUGAUUGCUCUCUUGAUCUCUCUGACCGCAAGAAGAACGAAAUUAAUGGUGAGGAAAAAAAUGAAAAGAGGCCAUACAGAGGUCACAGUAGGGGAAAUAACAGUUUUGGAAGCACGGUUAGCUUAUCUGGGGUUUUGAAUUUUGUUGAUGGGCUCUGGUCAUCUUGUGGAAGUGAGAGGCUAAUGAUCUUCACUACCAAUCACAAGCACAAGCUUGACCCAGCACUGCUAAGGCCAGGAAGAAUGGACAAGCACAUCAAUCUAUCUUAUUGUGAGAUCACUGCGUUCAAGACACUUGCUUGGAACUAUCUUGAGAUUACUAAGCAUGAACUGAUGGAGAAAGUGGAGGAAAUAUUGCCUUUGGUGCAGAUGACUCCAGCUGACAUUGCAGAGAUCUUUAUGAGUUGUGAAGAUGAUGCAGAGAUGGGAAUGAGUAAUGUUAUUGAGGAGAUGAAGAGGCGAUUACAGUCCUCCAUGGCAAAGGAAGAUUCUUCUGUUGCAGCACAGGGGAAGGAAGAAGAAAUACAGAGAGAAGAAGAGCACCCAGUUCCAGAAACUCAUGAAGACUCGGUUGACUCGGCUAACUCGGCUAGUACGGAUGCAUAGGAAGAUCGAA